AAUGACAAUUCGAGUGACAGCUUUUUCUAUCUUUUGUCCUGUGUAUUUCCAUAUAUGGCUGGUCCAAACAUUGCAGACACCAUCAAAGUUAUUUUGGGACUACCUUGAGCAACUUUCGUUUCUGGAAGACGUUGAACGUGCACGUCCUUGACUGCCAUCAAGCAUUGUUCUGUCAAGAUGGAUUUCAUGCGUUUGCUUACACUUGUUUUAAGUGUUCUACUUGUUGUGCUUCUGAGUCCCACAGCAGUUGGAGAUAACACCAACUGCUGUACUCAAUUGAACAUCCCAUCAGAAUGUCAUUUUCUGUGUGGAGUUGGUAGUCAAUCGUUCUGGUCAACAACAAGAUGGAAAUGUACCCAUAAAUACUAUGCCAAGGUGGCAACAUGCAAAGUUCAGAAUAAAAUCAAUUAUGUGAAACUGUUUGGCCAAGAACUGACUCAAUCAAUAAAGGAAAGCUUCGAUAAGCUUUCAGCAGACCUGCAGGCAAAAUUAUCAGAUGCAAAGGAGUUUGCAAAAGCCUCUAUUAGUGAGCUACUGAGUGUUCCACAGGACCUGCUGUCCUCCUUAAAGGAAAGUCUGAGUGGUAUGACAAGUAACCAGUUUAAUGGAAUUAUUGAUCGUCUCACAAAGUUCACAUCACAAAAUCUAAAGAAGCUCAUCUCGCACAUGAACCUGGAUACUUUUUUUGCCAAUGUGGAUAAAGUUGCUGGUAAAGAAUGGGAUCGAGAGCAAAUGGCUGCUCUGAGCCAAGCUGCAUAUCGUAAAUUUGGUGUCAGUGUCCGUCAGUGGAGUGUCAAGGCAUUAGAAACUAUGAAGCAAUUGUUGGCUGGAUUUGAACCAAGUGAACUGGCAGAGCUAGCUGGAGAUGUUUUUGAUCAAGGAGUAAGCUACCUUUGCAUGGCAAAGUUUGACAAUGACCAAAAGACUGCUCUUAUGAUUCCUGCAAAGAAAGUCUUUGGCAAGGUGGCCAACUGGGACAGCAAAGUGCUUGCAAAAAUGUGUAAUUUGUUGGAGGCCCUUCCUGUCAGGGAAAUGCUACAACUGGCAUCUGAUGUGAUAACAAAAGCCAUUGAUGAAUUGGUAAAACAUGACUUCACCUUCCCCCAAGCCAAAGUUAUCAUCAAUAAGCUCAAAGAAGAAUGGAAAGAUGUGAAGACAUGGAGUACAGCUCAGUUGCAGAAACUCGGAAAGCUGCUAGGAAACUUGAACAUCCAGGAUCUGAAGUCUUUGUCAAAGGAACAGUUCCAGGCCAUAAAGGAUCUGCUUGGUAAUCUAAACUUGAAUGAGGGACAACUCCGUGUAUUGGCAGUGAAAGCAGUAGAUCUCCUAGGCUCCCCAGACAAGUGGAACAAAGACAACAUCAAGGAACUUGGAAGUGUUGUGGCAGGACUUCUGCCAUCUGAGCUCAGACAGAUGGGAGCACAAGUUGUGAAGGACUCUCUGCAAUUUUUAAAGGGGAUAGACUUUGAUCUUGAUCAGGCACAAGAGAUUGUUGAAAGACUAAAAAGUUCUAUUGAUCUGUCCAAAUUGAACAAAGGUGAUGUAGUGAAUCUUGCCAAGGCUAUUGAUGGUUUUUUAUCAUCAGAUGUUGGCAAAAUGACUCAAGCAGUUGUCUUUGCUGCUUUCCCGGAGAUGAAGGUUGCAAAAGAGGUUGCCAUGCCAGUUCUGAGAGGGUUCAUUAAAAAGUUUGAAGAAGAUCCGUCAGCUGGAAAGAGUAUCGCGCAGCUUGGAGACUUUGCUGUUGCUCUGAGUCGAGGAGAAGUUGAUGCAGAGGGUGUUGAUAACGUCAUCAAUAAUCUGGAUAAACUGGGAGUUCUUCCCUGGGACAAGACAAAGACACUGACUCUUAUCAAGAAAAUCAGAACAAAAUGGGGAGACUUCAAUGGCACUGAUGCGGACGAUUCUGAUUCACCAAACUGGGGAUUUUUGAACAUGAAGAGGCUUGGUCACAUUGCACUUGGUAUUGCUAAGGAAGAGUUGCGUGAUCUGCCCAUCCGGGGAAUUGAAGACGUAAUUGACGUGUUAGGAAAAGAGAAGGACUGGGAUCGAGGUCAGAUUGUCAUGGUGUUGAAACGUCUGCAUGAAUACUGGGAAAUGGAAGACCUUGACUUCUCGAAUUUCACUGAUGUUGACAUCAACUCACUUGGUAGCUUUUUACGAGGCCUUGCACAAGAAGAGCUAAAGAGAUUACCUGAGAAAAUCUUACUUACAGCCAUUCGCCGGCUGGGAGAACAAACUGGAUUGCCAGAAGACAAGCUCAAAGCAAGGGCAUUCUUGGCUGUGGAGCUUUUCAAGAAUCAGACAGGAGUGGAUAUACUGAAUUCUUCACAUAUUGAAGACCUUGGAUUACUCGUGGCUGGACUGGACAGAAAAACACUUCGAAAAAUAACGAAAGAUUCGUUCAUUGACAACCUCUAUAACAUUGCAAGAGCCAAGGGAUAUGAUGGGAAGAAGCUGAAAGAAAUAGCCAAACUAGCAAAACAACACUUCGAAAAGAGUGAUGUCGCCGAGUGGAUUGGUGAUCAAUGGCGCGAUCUUGGCCCAGCUGCGGUGGGCCUGGAUCCCAGUGACCUUGAGCGUAUUAACCUGGAUUCUUUGGAGGAGAUGCUGGAUGAAUUGGGCAAGUUGGAGUUCAGUAAGUCCCAGGCUGAAGCUCUCAUCAAGGCAGCGAAAGAGGCAUGGGACGAGAACGAUGUUGGAAAGUGGACUGGGGACAAACUGCGUCGACUUGGCUCUCUUGUGAAGGGCCUAGACACCUCUGACAUCAAGAAGCUUGGUAAAGAAGCCUUUGAAGAGGCUGUGGGGAUCUGGGGAAAUUACCUCGAUGUUGACAUGGAAACGCUGAAGGCGUUAGCUGAAAAGGCAAAAGAAGUUCUAACCAAUGGAGACAUUUCCAAGCUAACUGCUCAGCUCGCUAAGAGGUUGGGCCGAGUCGUGCUUGGUCUAACUCCGCAAGAUCUUGAGAAACUCAAUUUGGACAACAUUGAUAUUAUUGCUGCCCUUGGAAAGUGGAAGGACUGGAGUGAAGAUCAGUUGGACCGUCUCAAACCCAAAGUUCGGGAAUUCUUGAAGCAGAGCAAGGACGACGAAGUCUACAUGAGCCUGGGACAGUUAGCUCUUAGUCUGACUAAAGAAGACAUCUUGAAAAUGCCAGCGAAUGCUUUUAGACUGGCUCUGGGGCAGCUCAGCAAGAUUGAGGGUUGGUCUGGUGAUCAACUCAAGGCAAUCAUUGAUAGAGCGAAAACUGUCUGGGUGGAGGCUGUCAAUGAGUGGGACAAGGACCAAGUUAGUGAACUGGGAAAAGCUUUAAAGGCUCUCUCUAACUCUGACAUCCCUAAGCUGCGGAAUAAAGUGGUGGACGUCAUCCCGCCAGAAGUGUUCGAGGACAUGAGUGUCUCUCAGCUCCAGGCUUUUACAGCUGAUCAGUAUAAAGCAAUGCAGGCUCCUCAAGUGCAAGCUAUCAGCUCAGUCAAAAGGGAGAGCCUCACAAUGGCUCACCAAGAGGCCAUCAAGAGCGUCAUUGACAGCGAUCCGGAUGAAGAAGUUCCAUGGGGACCAGACGAUGAUGAUGAAUGUUCAGGAGAAACCUGUUCUGCUUCCAGCCACGUAACUGUGACUUUUGUUUCCUUGGUGAUUUCUCCUGUUGCCAUGGUUUCACUGGCUCACUGAAGAGGCUCGUGUCUUCAUUGUUUUCUCUAGACAUUGUGAUCACUGUGAAAGUUCUGUUUAAUCCAUUUCCAAUAUUUUAAUAGAAAAGACAGUUACAAGCUA